CAACAGAUAUGUGGUGAGGUCAGGUUUGGUCAAUUGCACUUUCAUAUUCAAACGAAUAUGGGAGCAAAACUGUUGACUGCUUUUAAUUUAAACUUUAAACAAAGACGGUUUCUGGCUGCAGGUGAAUUCCGGAUUCUUCCGCUUGAGGGGAAGAGAGGGCUAGCAGCUAAUAUUUCCGCUGUGGUUUUUGGGAUAGUUUAGUGAGAGUCCCUUGGUGUUCUGAGUGUAAACGGAUCCGUACAGGCUUGGUCUUUUGUAAAGAGAGGGCGCGGGGAGCGGAGGGAGGAGGGAGAGUAGUCACUCCAUCUCGUUUUUUGUGUUGAAGACUGGAUCGCGCCGUUUACAGUCCAGCGUGGAUCAGCUCUGUCGUUCCGGAGUUCAACACAGCACACACGUCGGACCGGGGUGGCGUUUAUUUAUACACACCUGAAACCAGCCUGUGUAAUUUGGCGUGCCUCGGCGUUGAUAAGAAACUUGCCGUUCGCCGUGGUAGUAUAGUUCUAACUUUUACAGCGAGCAGUUAACUGACAGGAUUUUCUAUCUCACAGUUUCGUUGUGUUUCUGGAAUGUUGUCGCUAGCCGCCCUCGCUGACCGGGGAGAGAUGUGAACUUUUUUUACGGACGCUGAGUAAAACGAGAUUUAUUUUCUGGGUGAAAUAGAAGACGACCAGAAAUAACAUCUGGACGGCUAGCGAGUGAGUGUCUUUGGCUGAAAUCGAGACAUGGAGGGGUGGUGGCGGGCGGCCCUGUGCCUCCUGGCGUCUCUCUACCCUAGCUCCACCCAGGCGGGCGACCCCGUCUUCUCGUCCGACACCCUCAUCAACAACGUGGUGCGUGACCCCGCCACGGGGCGCGUGUACGUGGGUGCCGUCAACGCUGUGCUGCAGCUCUCCUCUGAGCUGGUGCUCCAGUCCCGCUCCCGCACCGGCCCUGUGGAGGACAGCCGCUCCUGCACGCCCCCCGUCACCGCAGCCUGCACGGAGAGGCAGGAGACAGACAACCACAACAAGCUGCUGCUGGUGGGGCCGGGGGGGCAGCUGGUGCUGUGCGGGAGCGUCUUCAGGGGGCUGUGUUCCCUGAGGAACCUGUCGGACGUGGAGCAGCUCAUCUACUUCAGCGACACCAAGGGGGAGAAGACCUAUGUGGCCAGUGCCGAGGAGGCCGUGUCCGUGGUCGGGGUGAUGUCAUACUUCAUCACCAAGAACAGCGAGAACCUGACGGUGUUUGUGGUGGGGAAGGGCUACGGCAGUCAGGACAGCACUAAGCUCAUCAGCACGCGGGUCCUGCAGGACUACUCUGACUGGGUAGUGUUUGACAGCAUCAUCGAGGCGUCGGGGGUUCAGGCCAGCCCCUUUGUGCCCAGCUACCUGCACGACUUCCGCUUCGUCUUCAAGCACGACGGCUUUGUGUACUUCCUGUACUCGCGCACGCUCAGCGCCCAGGAGAGCCGCACAUACACCUUCCUGUCCCGCAUGUGUGAGAACGACCACAACUACUUCUCCUACACUGAGCUGCAGCUCAACUGCAGCGCCACCAACAGGUUCAACAAGGUUCAGGCUGCCUAUGUGUCUGAGCCUGGCUCGGCCUUGGCCAGUAACCUGACCCUGUCGGGUCGCUGGGGCGUGGUGAAGCCUGGGGACCCCGUCCUGUUUGUGGUGCUGAGUGCAGAGGAGGAGGGGGGCUCCAGCUCAGGGCUGUGUCUGUACCCCCUGGAGGCAGUGAACCAGCGGCUGGUGGAGAUCAUCUCAGCCUGCUACAACCACGCUGGCAAGAUCAACGACCGUCCUGCUGUAUACACCCCCUACUCCUCCAAACCAGAGGAGCUGUGCAUCACCAAGAGCGAAGACAUGGUCUCCAAGUACCGCUGUGGGGCAGAGUUCCUGCCCUCCCCACUGGCCAGCAAGUCCGAAUUCGCCCUGACCUCCGACCCCGCCUACUCAAGGAAGGGUCACCUGACGGCCGUGGCGGUUGCCGUGGAGACGGAGCAUGCUGUGGCGUUCCUGGGGACGGGCGAGGGGGAGGUGCUGAAGCUGCACCUGUCGUCCCGGCCGGAGGUGUACGGCCGCACCCCCUCUGACGGGUCGGGGGGCAGAGUCAACAAGAACCUGCUGCUCAGCUCACACCUCACGCACCUGUACGUCGCCACGGAGACGAAGAUCUCCAAGGUACCGGUGCAGGCGUGUAACAGGCCAGACUGCCAGUCCUGCAUGGCCCUCAAGGACCCCUACUGUGGCUGGUGUGUCCUGGAGAGCAGGUGUACCAGAAAGGGGGAGUGUGAUAGGUCGGCGGAGGACAACACUUGGCUGUGGAGCCCCAAUCAGCAGUGUGUCCAGAUCCAGACCUUCAACCCUCCCAACCUCAGCAACAAGAAGACCCAGCAGGUGGAGAUCACAGUUCCCGCCCUCCCCAGGUUGGGGCCCUCUGAUAGGCUGAAGUGUGUGUUUGGCUCCUUCCAAAGCCAGGCGGUGAUGUUUGACAGCAGGGUGACCUGUAGCCUGCCUGAUCCUGAGGACAUCCCGCCCACUCCUGACAGUCAAGACUUUGUGGCGGUGCCGGUCACGGUGCUGGUUAACGGCAGCAUCACGGUGACGUCUGGAGAGUACCUCUUCUACAGCUGCGCCGCCACCACCAGGAAGUCCCAGAACACUCCGUGUAUUUCGUGCGUGACCAGUGAGUGGGGCUGCCAGUGGAACAGCCGUGAUCACGUGUGCAGUGACAGCACCGAGGCAGAAGGGGGCGCUCACGUCAUCAAACCUCUGCAGAAGGACAGCUGUCCCCAGUUUGAGAGCCCAGACCCUCAACUGCUCCCGGUGGGUCUUCGUGUUCCCCUCCGCUUCCAGGGCAGGAACCUGGACAGCUACACGGGUCGACGGUUCAGGAUUGGGACUGAGCUGAUGCAGCAGGUGGAGGAGGAUGUGGUGUUUGAUGAGGACUCGAACCAGGGAUCCUUCAGUGGCUACGAGUUUACCUAUGACAAACAGCAGGAGGUAAACGUGUCGUUCCACAUCAAAGACAGCUCCACAGAGAGGAGAGUGGACAGCACACUGACGGUGGUUGUGUAUAACUGCUCUGUGGGCCGUGAGGACUGCAGCCUGUGCAGGAGCGCUGAGUCCAGGUUCCAGUGUGUGUGGUGCCCCUCCUCCAGGACCUGCACACACACUCUGCUCUGCCCCUCCUCCCCGGAGCCCCCCACCUGCCCCAGCCCCACCAUCACUGGAAUCUCCCCCCUGUUCGGCCCGCUGGCUGGUGGGAUCGCCCUCACCCUGCGGGGGAGCAACCUGGGGGUGAGGGCGGGGGACGUGAGGAGGAUCACUGUGGCCGGGGUGGAGUGUGUUCACCUGGAGGACAGAUACUCCGUCUCCACCAGUGUGGUGUGUGAGGUGGGUCCAGCAUGGCCCCCCGCCCCCGCCCUGCCCCCCCCAGCAGACCUGCCCCCCCCAGCAGACCCCUCUCAAGGCAGGGCGGGGGAGGUGAAGGUGGAAGUGGAGGGGGGGCGCUGGGGCAGGUCACAGGUCGUCUUCACUUACAGGGACCCCGCCCCCUCCUCGGUGCACCCUGAGCGAGGACCAGCGGCAGGAGGCACGGUGAUCACCAUCACAGGCACCAGCCUGGACACGGCCACUAGAGAUGAUGUCACCAUCACCGUGGGGGGCGUGCCCUGCCAAGUCUUGUCGUUUGGGAGUCACCUCACCUGUCGGACAGGGGGGUACGCGGGCCAGAAGCUGCCAUCCCCUCCCUUACCCGUCAUCGUGAGCUACGGCCGGAACACCUCCAGGGAGGUCCGAGGUCAUCACUUCCAGUACUGGGACAACCCCAAGGUCACAGACUACAACCCCAAAACCAGCUUCCACUGUGGGGGCAGGAGGGUUGUGGUUCAGGGGUCAGGAUUUGACCUGAUCCAGAGAGCCUCCAUGACAGUGCUGCCCUCUACUGACGAGGAAGUGUACAACACCACUACUGCAGAGUUUUCCCUGGACUUCCUCAGUAAAAACGACACGGUCCUGCAGUUCCUCUCCCCACCUGUGAGGGGCCCCGCUGAGCAGGGCUUUGUCACCUUCCUGCAGCUGGACAGAGAGGCACUGGAGCUAAAGAGCUUCGAGUACCACCCAGACCCCACCUUCAACAAGCUGGACAAGAACAUCAUCACAGAGGCCAGCAUCAUCAACGUCACGGGGCGAGGCUUCAGCAGGGCCAUGACAGUGAAGGAGGCCCAGGCGUUUGUAGGGAACAUCUCGUGUCAUGUGACCAUCCUUCAGGACGAUAAGAUCUUCCUGGAGGCUCCGUCCUCCCAACCCAGGAACAGCUCCAGGCUGCAACGCAGAGACACCUCCUCUACUGACCCCCUGGAGCUGAGGAUCCAGUUUGGUCAGGGUGUGUGGGUGGUGGGGCUUGUCCAGUAUGAGAGGAAGUACGAGGUUCCUCUGGCUGUCAUCAUCCCUGGAGUCAUCCUGCCAAUGCUGCUCUUCAUCGCUGUGUCUGUCUACUGCUACAGGAGGAAGAGCCAGCAGGCAGAGAGAGAGUAUGAGAAGGUGAGGCACCAGCUGGAGAACCUGGAGGAGAGUGUGAGAGAUCGCUGCAAGAAGGAGUUCACUGACCUGAUGAUAGAGAUGGAGGACCACACUAGUGACCUCAGCGAGGCACGGAUCCCCUUCCUGGACUACAAGAACUACACCGACCGCAACUUCUUCCUGCCGUCUGAGGACGGCACCAACGACGUCAUGAUCACAGGGAAACUCGAUAUCCCAGAAUCCCGCAGGGCCAUUGUGUCCCAGGCCCUCAACCAGUUCUCCAACCUGCUGAACAGCAAGACCUUCCUCAUCAAUUUCAUUCGAACCCUGGAGGGGCGUCCUGACUUUGGGCCGCGGGCGCGUGUGUACCUGGCCUCCCUCCUCACGGUGGCGCUGCAUGGGAAGCUGGAGUACUACACUGACAUCAUGAGAACCCUGCUGCUGGAGCUGAUGGACCAGCACGUCACCAGCAGGAACCCCAAACUGAUGCUGCGCAGGUCUGAGACGGUGGUGGAGAGGAUGCUGUCUAACUGGAUGGCCAUCUGCCUCUACCAGUUCCUCAGGGACACUGCUGGAGAGCCUCUGUACAAGCUGUUCAAGGCUAUAAAGCACCAGGUGGAGAAGGGCCCUGUGGAUGCCCGGCUGAAGAAGGCCAAGUACACCCUGAACGACACAGGCCUGCUGGGGGACGACGUGGAGUACAGCACCCUGACGCUGCAGGUGCUGGUGCACGGGGAGGGUCCGGACGUGACCCCGGUCAAGGUGCUGAGCUGUGACUCCAUCACCCAAGUGAAGGAGAAGGUGAUCGAGCAGGUGUACAGGAACAUGCCCUACUCCCAGAGACCCAGGGUGGAGACAGUGGCUCUGGAGUGGCGCCCUGGCUCCACAGGGCAGAUCCUGUCUGACCUGGACCUGACCUCCCAGAAGGAGGGGCGCUGGAAGAGGGUCAACACGCUGGCACACUACAACGUGAGAGACAACGCUACCUUGGUUCUGUCCACAGUGCUGCACACGCUCCCCUUCACCCAGCACCAGGACAGCCCUGAAGAGAGGAACGCCCUCCUGGAGGAUGAGAAGGUGUUCCACCUGGUGCGACCAGCAGAUGAGCUGGAUGAGGGGAAGUCCAAGAGAGGCAGUCUGAAGGACAAGGCCCUGACCAAGGCCAUCACCGAGAUCUACCUGACCAGACUGCUGUCUGUCAAGGGAACACUGCAGCAGUUUGUGGAUGACUUCUUCAGGAGCGUGUUAUGUUCUGGCUCGGUGGUGCCUCCUGCUGUUAAGUACUUCUUCGACUUCCUGGACGAGCAGGCACUGAAACAUGACGUGGAGGAAGACACCGUACACAUCUGGAAGACCAACAGCCUGCCCCUGAGGUUCUGGGUGAACAUCCUGAAGAGUCCUCACUUCAUCCUGGACGUGCAGGUGGGCGAGGUGGUGGACGCGUCGCUGCACGUCAUCGCUCAGACCUUCAUGGACGCCUGCACCAAGACAGAACACAAGCUGAGCAGGGAGUCUCCCAGUAAUAAGCUGCUCUAUGCCAAGGAGAUCUCCACUUAUAAGAAGAUGGUGGAUGAUUACUACAGGGGCAUCAGACAGAUGGUGCCUGUGAGCGACCAGGACAUGAACACACACCUGGCAGAAGUCUCCAGGCAACACACAGAUGAACUGAACACCCAGGUGGCAUUGCACCAGCUCUACCAGUACGCCAGCAAGUACUACGAUGGGAUCAUCCAAUCCCUGGAGGAGGACCCGACGGCCCAGAGCAAACAGCUGACUGUGCGUCUGCAGCAGAUCGCCGCCGCCCUCGAGAACAAGGUCACCGACCUUUAACCUUUGAUCGCCGGCUAGUGCAGGGCCGUGGACAGGAGUGGGAGGGGCCUGCGACCAUAUAAGGAGGACUAAAGAUGGGAUAUGCAGAUUUGGGACUGGUGUAAGACUUCUGAUUGGUUGUGGACUCAUGGCCCUGCAGGAAGUUGACAUAUCUCCACCUCUGGACGUGAGGGGGAGGAGCCUGGACUGAAUCAUGGUUUUAUACGGUCAGCUCUAAGAAGCUAGUCCAGCCUCUCUCUCUGACUGUCCGUCUUCCUCCCUAGCCCCUCCUCUCCCUCUCUUCUCUCUGAUUGGACCACCAGAGGGCAGACUCACCGAGCAGAGCGGAAGCUAACAGGCUGUAAACCAAUCAACAGCCACCACGGUACACCACUGACCAGUCAUGGACAUGCUCAGUAGGAAGAGACAACUAUGAACUGACUGAUAACAAAGAACCUUGAUUGAUUCUUCCUUCUGUUGCUUGGCUUUAUCCGGACAGGACUGCACCCCAGGGUCAAUAUGUACUGACUGAUAAUCAGAUGUCUAAUCCUCUCUGUACACUGACUAGCUUUGGUUUGUAUAUAAUAUUUUUAUGGUGCAGGCUUUACACGAUAAAAUGAAAUUAUUUUUGACUGGAUGAAUGAUGUAUGAACUGGAUCUUCAGCUUGUCUUGAAGAGAGUUGGUGAAGCAGGGUGUUCUGAUGACUCAUUUCCUGUUAAUAAUUGGUUGCUUCCUGUGUAUAAUCGCCUUCCGUCGCUACUGGCUGGCUGCCAUUUGUAAUGUUUCCAAGGAGACCAGUUUGUGCUUAAUCCCAGAUAAGAGAAGCAUAACUCUGUUUUAGUUGCUUUUUGUUCAGAUGUUUAUUCACCUUUUCUGUUCCGCUGUCAAGAGUUUCCUCGCCAUGGUACCCCUCCUCCUGUUCUAGAAUGUUCUCCAGCACUCUGCACCCUGCAGGGAACGUAGAACCUGUCUGCUCACAGAAAACAAGAACUGCUCUGAGGUUAAAGAACUGGGUGGAGACACUGUGUGUGUGUGUGUGUAUAUGUUCUGUUAAAGAACUGGGUGGAGACACUGUGUGUGUGGACAGACGGAUAGAGCAGAGCAGAUGAUCUGUCCUCUUACAAUAACAGCUGUAGUUCAGUAGUACAUUAUUGCAGAUGGUACAUUAUUAUUACAGACGGUUCUGACGGAAGAAUCAGAAUGUGAAAUGCUGCUUCUUUUCUGUUGUCCGUUGUCAAACUAAAAUGUUUUUAAAUCAGUUUUUGACAAAUUUGUUGCCAAGAAUUAUCUUUAAAAUAUGCAAAUGGAUGUUUCUAAUCACUCCUAAAUACAGUUUAUUAUUAGUAUA